UGUUAUCAUUUCAUUUUCGAUUCGGAUAAUUUUUUAUCAUUUUAUCUGUAUUUAAAACAUUUCAUUACAAAUUUAUAUAAUAAUUAAAAUAUUAUUUAGAUCCCGUGGUGGAAUACAUACACAUCUGUUGUGUUAGAAAAUCUGUACUCACCCAAUAAAUGGUUAGAUUAUUGUGAUAAUGAACAGGCAUUAUGCCCUGAGUGUGAUAACUUUUUGAUUUCUUUAAAAUACCUAUUAGGUACCUUAUGAGUUCUGAAAGUAUGAUUGAUCCACGUAGUGACUUAUGUACAAGAUAUGUCACCAUAUUUAUUGUCGUAUCCUGCUAUUGGAUAGUGUCAAUAGCCACUGUGUUUGUAAAUAAGACAUUGCUCAGUGGCCAGUUGGUGUCUCUGGAUGCGCCUCUCUUCAUCACAUGGUUCCAAUGCAUAGUCUCUUUCAGCAUAUGUUGUACAUUGAGUAAAACCAAAGGAAUCCCCAGGGUAUUUGAAUUUCCCAAGGGUUCACCAUGGAGUAUAGAUGUUUUCAGAAAGGUGGUUCCUCUGUCAAUCAUGUUCACAUUGAUGAUAGCCACCAACAACCUUUGCCUCAAGUAUGUAGGUGUGUCUUUCUAUUACAUUGGAAGAUCUCUCACAACAGUUUUCAAUGUAGUCUUCAGUUAUAUGCUAUUGGGACAAAAGACAUCCUAUAGAUGUAUAAUGUGCUGUGCAUUUAUUGUUUUUGGAUUUUAUCUUGGGGUGGACCAAGAAACUUUGUUAGGUUCAUUUUCGUUGGUAGGCACAAUAUAUGGGGUUAUUGGUUCCCUUAUGCUUUCUCUCUAUUCAAUCUUCACAAAAAAAGUCCUCCCACAUGUAAAUCAGGAAGUGUGGCUCCUGUCAUAUUACAAUAAUGCUUACUCCAUCAUACUCUUCUUGCCGUUAAUGGUUAUAAAUGGAGAAAUAAAUGUAUUGCUGUGCUAUGAAAAUUUCAACAGUGCAUAUUUUUGGGGACAAAUGCUUGUUGGAGGUAUUUGCGGUUUUGCAAUUGGAUAUGUCACAUCAUUACAGAUUAAGGUUACAUCCCCACUGACCCACAACAUCUCCGGCACAGCCAAAGCUUGCGCGCAAACUGUGAUGGCCACCCAGUGGUACAAUGAGACAAAAAAUACUUUAUGGUGGACUUCCAAUAUUAUUAUAUUAGGCAGCAGUGCAUUAUACGCUAGGUUCAAACAAGUGGAAAUGGAGGUGAAAGCUCGCAAACCAGUGCCAGAAGAGAAGCAGAGUUUAGUAUGAUCAUAAUUUAUUUAUAAGACUUGUUAAUGACAAACCUUUGAAGCAAUAUGUAUAACAGUUUAGAUAGUAACUGUCUGAGCAAUUUGAGAAUAAGUGAAAACAUGUUUUGUUUGAGUGCAAUAUGUUGUGUUAUGAUAAUUGUUAAAUCACCAUUAAGUAUGUAUUGUUGAAAUUUUUAUCACAAAUUUGUAUGGAUUGAUUUAGGAGACUAUGAUAUACGACGCCCAAGGCUAGGUUUAUUUAUCUGUGGCUUAUGGUAAUAAACCAAUAGCUAAAUGUCUGAUUUACAUUCUUCCUCCUUAAGUAUUAUUUUAUUACUAAAAUUGUUGAAUAGCUUUUUAUUUUUAUUGUUACACUUUUUUGCGGGUUUAUCAGCAAUGUCAGUCUUUAUUAAAAUUAAUUUUCUAUUUGUGCUCUUAAUUUUUUAGACAAUAACGCAACAAUUUUUUGGUAUGUCGAUACAAAGCCCACAUUAUAAGCUUCAUUAGGAUCACGAAUAUGAUCAUAAAGUUCAACACCAUAGUUUAUAUCCCAAUUUCUCGUAAACUUUGAGCUAUUAAAUGAAAUCCAUUCAGUGUA